AGAGUUGGAAAUGGCCACCCAUAACCCCCAAGAAGAAUGGAAGGUGAAAGUGAAAGAGCUGAAACAAAAUGACCCCGAGAUGUACAAAAAGAAGGUCGACUUCGUCGUUGAAGUUUAUGGCAUCAAAGCAAAGCUAGACGAUGGCAACGCGGAGUCGCUUCUAGCCACCCAUUGCAUGCGCAACCCAGACUUCCUGGACUAUUCCUCUGGAGGCAGUGCAGAGGGGGGACAUCAGCAGUCGAAGAGACAGACAGACAAGUCGGCCGACCAGUUCAAACAGCAACUCAGCCCAUAUGGCCUAAAACACUCCUCGGCCGCUGAUUUACUCAAUAUAACCACUGAUUUGACAGUUGCGCUCAAAAACAACACAAUCCCAUGGAUGCGAGAAUUUGUCAAUGGCGGCAUGUUACGUGUCUUCGAAACUCUGCGGCAUUCUUUUCUGAUGAAGCCAGAAAAGUCCAGCAAUUCAUCUUCAGGAACUUCUCAGAUAAAACACAGAACAUUCGACGAGUGUCUGGCCGACUGCUCAAUUGACCGAAAUUGGCUGGAACAAGUGCUUAAAGUCAGACACAACUGCGUCAAGUGUAUAAGAGCCAUGUGUAAUACUAUGCCGGGUCUGAGAAAAUUCUACCAACUCUUUGGAACUGAAGAAUCGAUCAAAGGGUCAAGUGAGGAAGCUAUUUCUGGCAACUACCAACUCGAAUGUCUGGCGUACUUGAUCAAGUGCAUUGAGAUCACACCCUACACUGGCUAUGAUCUGUCUUCAUUUUUUGUGAACCAUCAAAUGAGUCAUAGCAGCGGGAGGGAAAAAGACAAAGACGCGCCCGAUGUGUUCAAGGAGGUUGUGAGUUUGUGUCUUGACACGCUGAAGUUACUCUAUCCGAUUUCGAGGUUGAUUCUCCCGAUUGAACUCAAAGAUGGAAGUUACAAAAAAGUUGCUUUUUACCCUGUUGUGCUGGAGGCCUUUUCAAGCUACGCAGUGUUGAGGUACAAAACAUACAACGAAACUUUCAAAUCGGACAUCCUCGGAAUCGGUUCUCAGUGUGAACGGUUCUACCCGAUUGGAUCCCUAUUGGACGAAGUGUUUCCCGACGCCAUGACAGUUUUGAGAAAUCUGGUCGAUUCUUCUCGGAGUUUGCAGGUUACAGACGUGAGCUCAGUUAGUGUGACAUCCAACUACGGAACGCUUCCAAGGCAGCCCAAACCGUCUGGAAACACCCGCAGACGGGGCUCAAUCACCGGUCUAAAUCAAUCCGCUGGAAUUCUUGAACAGGGUUCCAUCCAGCCUUCUAUAUCGAAUACUUCUACUUCUUCUUUGUCUACUUCUAGCGGGGUUUCAAGUGGGGGGACUGCUCUCAGUCAUCCCUCGAAUUUGAGUCAGAUGUCGAGUAUGACUCAGAGUGCUAGUGCUGUGACUGGUUUCUCUCAUGUAGUCAUUACUAACAGCUCUUCUUCAAGCAAGUCGUACUACCAAAUUUUGAAAGAGGCGUUAAGUUUUGUCUGCGGCAUCUUCGAGGCGAUUUCUGAGCAUAAUAACUGGAUUUACUUGGCAACUGUUUGGGAGGAAUUCAGGGGUCUUGGAGUUGCUUCAAAGGCAGACAAAAUAAUCGAUGAAAUUGGGAUGGAGGACGACGUGGAAUCGACUCUAGUAGAUGAAAAGCUCUUCAGCGAUGCCUCCUAUAUUUUCGAAGUUGAAGGUCUCGUCUUCCAAAAUUUGAACCAAGAAACUGAAAAUGACUCACUAAGGAAAACUUGCGAGGCGGGAACUUUAACGAAUUACGUUGGUGUUGCGGAGUAUUUGCAGCACGUGACCAGGAAUACGCCGCUAGAGGGCUAUGUCAUGCAAAUUAUGCAAAUGCUGCUCAUGCUCAGUACUGGCAAAGGAGACUUGUACAGGUUACGGCGAAUACGAUGGAUCACUGAAGUCAUAUCUCAAUACGCAGUGAACUUUGACGAAGAAAAUUUCUCCGAAUACAAAAACGCUUUCCUUUUCAACUCGGCAAAAACCGAACGAAAAAGUACUCUUACAGGGGCGAUAGACGAUGAUCCGAAAGAGUCUGCAGCCGUUGUUCCCCAAUCAGAACAAGAGAUUUGGAAAAACAUCGAAAUUAGAAUGAUGAAAGUCGAAAAAGGAAUCUCGAUUCAGAGUUUCGGAAGUUCAGAUUCUGGAAAAUCUUUUGAACUGGAAACGCAAUUGGAGCGUUUCAAGGAAAAAAUGUUACAGCUGGUCGAAAAAAUGAAAGAGAACGACUUGGAUCCUGGAGAUAUGACAGGAUUCCUUCCUAAAGAUUCUAGCAAGGCAGACACUCCCCCUGCACCAGUUGCAGAAACUGCCCCUGUCCCACCUCCACCCACAGGUCCUGGAGGUCCUCCGCCACCUCCUCCCCCUCCUCCGGGUCCAGGGGGUGCUCCACCGCCACCACCACCGCCAGGAGGUGGAGCUCCGAUCCCAAAAAAGUCCAGACACGCGAAACUUCCUGCUAGAAGAGAUUUCAAGUCAAAAUUGACAAAUCCUACAAUGAAAGUUUUCUGGAAAAAGCUCGACGAAGAAAAGCUGAAUGAACAAAGUAUUUGGAUCUUCAUGGGCGAAGAAAUCACAGAUUCACAAAUCCGAGAGUUAGCCGCAAAGUUCUCCAGCAAACCAAGCAAAGCUGCGACUGAUAGCGAAUCAUCAGACGAACAAUCGGAACAAAUUGCCAAGAAAAAAAUACCGCUGCUUGUUUUGGACCAGGAUUCCAGUAUGAGCAUAGAUAUUUUCCUCAACAGCAAAAAACUUACCAAAGACAUAGUCAGCAACGCUUUAUGGUCAGUUGACACCGAACUGCUAGACGAGUCAACCUUGAAAGAACUGAGGUCCAAAAUAAUAAACAAGGAGGGCGAAAAUCUCUGCAACAAAGUGGCCGAAUUCCAAGGAUCCGAAAUGCUAUCCUCGGAAAAAUUUUUGCUUCAUCUCUCGGAAAUUAAAGACAUUGCAAUACGAACCGAAAACAUGAUGCUAAUGAUUCAAUUCGACUCCGAAUUUCUACCAAUCAAAUCAGAUGUGACGGUUCUUUUUGAAGCCUGUAGAGACAUAAAUGACUCGGCGAGCUUUCUUCAGAUUUUGAAACAGACUCUGGUUUUUGGAAAUGUGCUGAACACAGGCCAUAAAUUAUCCAAGGCAAUUGGAUAUGACAUCUGCUACUUAAAAGACUGGUCUGGAUUGAAAUCAUCAGUUGACAAGUCCAAAACGAUGCUGCAUAUUCUGGUUUCUUUCCUUCCUCCUCCAAAAGAUCCUGAAGACCCCUACCCAGUUCUGGUCCAGAACCUUCUGAAAGAGUUGCGUCACGUGAUUCCAGCUAGCUCAGUCGAAGAAGAGUCAAUAGAUUCGAGGUUUGCAUCACUCAAAGCCAAAGUAGACAAACUCGGCACCCUUCUUGAGAACAAAAAAGACCUUAGCCCAAAAGACAACUUCAGGAAGAAAAUGCAGCUGUUCCAUAACAAGUCAGUGGAGAAUGUUAAGCUACUGGAAAGCAUGGUUGCCAGAUACCAGACCGAGUUCAAAAGGCUACAGUUGAAGUUCUUUCCGGAGGACUCGCCUGUGAAAAAGAGGGAUAUUUUCGAGUCUAUUACACAGUUUCUGAGUGAUAUUCAGAGAAGUUGUGAAGAGAUAGCGAAAGAGCGUGAACAAAUGAAAAAGGAGGCGGAGAAAAAGAAGAAACGACAGGAAAUGUCAGACAUGAAAGGGUCAUCUGUAACAAAGAAGAAAAAACCUAAGCAGGUUGAAGACACACCAGACGAGAACAAACGCAACUUCUUGGACGAGCUGAUGGAAAAGCCGAAGCGGACCUCCAAUAACAAAAUGGCGAGGACCACCAAGCUGCGUAGAUCCAAAGAGCCUUCUUGCGACUCAAUUUCGGAAUUGGACAGCACACCAAAGGCAAUUUCGAACGCCCUCAACCGGGAACUGAAGAGAAAUCUUCUGGCUACUAGAAGAGAAUCCUUUUUUCCUGCUCAGAAGAACUGACAGAAAAAUUUUUAUUUUAUCUCAUCAAAAAUUUAAAAAACAAUCAAACGUUCAAUCAAA